UAACCUACUGUGUAAAAGUUGCUGACAGAAUUUACCUCCUCGUAAGCCACCAACACGUGAGGCUUUUCUCUGCGACUUACUGGAUUGCACGCCGCUGUUGGAAGCCGUCCCGGCCAUGCCUAAGACUGUUGGAUUCCAAUGGGAGCGUUAUGAGGCCUGGCGGCACCACCCGCUGCUGAGGUGGAACAAGAAGGACUUCUUCCCUGGGCUAGGCCUCGGUGUGGCGGCAUACCUUCUUUACGUGGCGUACGAUAAGUCGCAGCCGAAGGAAGAGCAUCACUGAAGUCGUGUUGCAAUUUUUACUGUUCGAGUUGGAUUGGACGGGUUCACAGGUUUGUCGGAGGACAUCCCGCUUGAGGCAUAAUAGGGUAUUGCAAUUUAACGGACAGAGAUAUCUCAAUGGCGUUCAUGCCGUAGAAAGGAACGCUGGAAUGGUGUAGGGUGCCGUGCUCUGAUGGGCUAGGUUUGAACCGUUGAAAUGUGUAUGAACCAUUUGGUGGUGUAACUUUUACAUGAUCUGUAGUGCAUAAGGCGUCGCUGACGCUCUGCGGAUGAACGUCACACCGUUAAAAAACCCGGAUAC